UCUCUCUCUCUCCCCCUCGGCUUGUCUGUAUUUGGAGCUCCCGGAAGCCGCCGGCGACUCUCCCCAGGAGCAGCGUGACUGACACCGACUCCUUUUCGGGGGGAGGAGGCGGAGGGGAGGAGGGCAGGCGGGAGGAGGGUGCAAGUGGCCGAACACGGAUUUGCAUUGCCGAGGACAGGACCCCGGGACCCCCAGGCAGGAGGGAACAGAGGACAAUGUUAACUAUUGAAUCAAAGAGAGAUUGCUUUAAGCAAGUAUUGUCAUCAUACACUCUGGCUGUUCCAAGUUCCUGCUGUGGACAAGCCCCUUCUUCCAUCCUGCUUUAGAGUGGCCUCUCCCUUCAUUAAGACUGCUCUUCCCUCAGUGUCUCUUCUGAAUAGAAGAAUGGCAGAGAUGCAGGGACUGAUGGAAAGACUGGAGCGGGUGGUCGGCCGACUGGAGUUGCUGUCUGCAGAGUCACACCGGCCUCCUGGGGACUGUGGGGAAAUUAAUGGUGUCAAUGGAGGUGUGGCACCCUCGGUGGAAGCCUUUGAUAAGUUGAUGAACAGCAUGGUGACCGAGUUUUUAAAGAAGAGUAGGAUCCUUGCUGGUGAUGUGGAGACUCAUGCAGAAAUGGUGCAUAGUGCUUUCCAGGCCCAGCGGGCUUUCCUUCUGAUGGCCUCUCAGUACCAACAACCCCAAGAGAAUGACGUGGCUGCACUUCUGAAACCAAUAUCAGAAAAGAUUCAGGAAAUCCAAACUUUCAGAGAGAGAAACCGGGGGAGUAAAAUGUUUAAUCAUCUCUCGGCCGUCAGCGAAAGCAUCCCUGCCCUUGGAUGGAUCGCUGUGUCCCCCAAACCUGGUCCUUAUGUCAAGGAGAUGAAUGAUGCUGCCACCUUUUACACUAACAGGGUCUUAAAGGACUACAAACACAGUGAUUUACGCCAUGUGGAUUGGGUGAAUUCAUAUUUGAACAUUUGGAGUGAGCUUCAAACAUACAUCAAGGAGCACCACACCACGGGCCUCACCUGGAGCAAAACAGGUCCAGUAGCAUCAACUGCAUCAGCAUUGUCUGUCCUCUCCCCUGGGCCUGGCCUUCCUCCACCCCCGCCUCCUCCACCUCCUCCAGGGCCACCUCCACUUUUUGAGAAUGAAGGCAGAAAAGAGCAGUCCUCUCCUUCACGCUCAGCUUUAUUUGCCCAACUUAACCAAGGAGCAGCGAUUACAAAAGGGCUCCGGCAUGUCAGAGAUGACCAGAAGACAUACAAGAAUCCCAGCCUACGGGCUCAAGGAGGACAAACUCCAUCUCCAACCAAAAGCCACGCGCCAGGCCCCAAGCCUCCCCAGUCUCCUCCUCAGAAACAUGCUCCUGUGUUCGAGUUGGAAGGAAAGAAAUGGAGAGUGGAGUACCAAGAAGACAGGAAUGACCUUGUGAUUCCACAGACUGAACUGAAACAAGUGGCUUACAUUUUCAAUUGCAACAAGUCUACUCUACAGAUGAAAGGGAAAAUAAAUUCUAUUAUAAUCGACAACUGUAAGAAGUUUGGCCUCGUGUUUGACAAUGUGGUAGGCAUUGUGGAAGUGAUCAACUCCAAGGACAUUCAAAUGCAGGUAAUGGGGAAAGUGCCAACAAUUUCCAUUAAUAAGACAGAAGGCUGCCACAUAUACCUCAGUGAAGAUGCACUAGAUUGUGCGAUUGUGAGCGCCAAGUCAUCCGAGAUGAAUAUACUUAUCCCUCAGGAUGGGGAUUAUGUGAAUUGUCUUGUGCCCUCAGUCCAUGGCCCUCUUCACGCAAUUAUCCGGUUGGAGAGAGAAUUUCCUGUUCCUGAACAGUUCAAGACGGCAUGGGAUGGAUCCAAGCUGGUCACUGAACCUGCAGAAAUUAUGGCCUAACCUCUCGAGAGACCGAGCCCCCUGAUGUGAAUUCCCCCAUGCAAAAAAAAAAAAAAAAAAAGGAAAAAAGCAGCAUUAAAGAUCUAGAAGUGGCAGUAGCACCUACUACUUUAGUUUUGGCCUCCAACAAUUCCGUGCUAUAGAAACAGCAUCAUUUCUGGCACGCCAUCGUGGGCAUUUUGAAGUAUUUAACGUUUCUUCCUGAUUUGCCUUUGUGUGUGAUUUGAGUUCCACAGGAUGACUUGUGAGCAUUAAACAUUUAGAGGGGAAAAAAGGAAUUCUGUUCCCUCCUGUCAUUAACACAGUAGCUGAUACGUAAAAAUAUUGCAUGAUUCCCUUUUACACUUACGUUUAAUUGCUAGUUGGAAAAUAAAACCUUUGAGGAUCUAAGAUGUACGUUUUUACCCUUUAGACAAUUUCGAUAUGAUGUAGGAGUAGUGUGCUCUAAAAAAUAUACCAUUUUUUUCUUAGUUUUGCCACAUGUUCACCUCUAUCAGCGUGGAUACACUGUCGGCACGAAUAACUUCAACCCGUGUUUUUACAAAACUUGAGAAAAUUCCGUACUAAGGACUGUAUCCAGUUUCUUGGUCCUCGGAAGACUUGUUGAAUUUACAGUUACUAAAAGCCAAAAGUAAAUUCUAAUGAUUUAUCUUAAAUAUUUUUGCGCCAUGUCACUUGCAAAACUUACUUUUCCGCAUGAAGCUUUUUAUGCCAGAAAUUGGUAGGGAGGAAGCAGAUAUAACACCUCACAAUUUUGCUCUCAGAUCAAGCUCAGUGUUUUUGUUUCCCAAUUUUGAACCUGUUAAAUAUCAGAUGCCUCGUAAAUGAUGUCUUUAAUGUUUUAUUACAAAUUACGUUCUCCUUUUCCACUUGCCAGACUUGCUAAGCAGUCUCAAAAAUGAACAUGAAAAAGCCAGAGAUGUAUUACUUCUUCCAAAACCUGAGGAAUUGUCUGUUGGUUUGGCUUUCUGCUCCUAUUUUGAUAGUACGUGUUUUUUCAACCCAAGAGUGACUACGCUAUUCCGUGGUAUCUUUUCAGUACACAGUGCUGAAAGUCUGCAGCUCCUCGGAUCAUGUGUAAUGAAUUAUAGCAUAAUGCUUGCAGACCCAAUACAAGCAUAUAUAUUGUGCCUAUUACAGCCUUUGGAAUAUAUCAUUUCCGUUUUUUAAAUAUCUUCUAUACCCAUAUAGUAUUCAGAUUACUAAUGCUCAUGGAUGAGGUUUUGCUAUAAAAGUUUUGUCCAUAUGAAUAAUGUGGUGGCUUUAGUAAAUAUCUUUUUUUCAACUGUAAACUUACUCUGAAAUAAAGUAAAGUUCUAAUUGUUUAAAUACUGUGAUGAAUUCUGGGUGUUAGAAUUAUUUUUUUCCGCUUUGAUUUGCCCCUUGCUCACAUGUCAGAUUUAAGGAAAGACAGCUGAGUCCUGCUGGUUGAAUUAGAGAAUAUAUACAGUGUGCCAUCAGCUUCCCUGAAGAGUGGCGUCUUUGAGAUAGAUAUCGGAUAAGGCCCUGUGCAGUUGGAAUGACUGUCAUAAAAUUCUAGAAUCCAGUUUUAUAAUUCAAGUCCUCUUCACUGAGAAAAUCCCCCUC